AUUAUCGAUAUAUUGCAGUUAAACUCCAUUCCAGACGGUGGCACUAAUGGCUGGGUAGUUGUCUGGUUGGUUGGCAAACAACGAGGAAAGGAGUUGGAAUUGUAGGUCUCAGGUAAACAUCCACCAGAGAAAAUGAUCGAGAUCGAGAUUGUGACAUUAUAUGGAGAUAACAACUGUUGCAUUAGGCAUUAACACCAACUUAAUCUUAGUGCAACAGUAUAAGACCUCAGUACGCUGAACAGCAAGUUUCUUGCAUAGACAGUGGUAGGCUGGCUACGUGAUAGCCUAUGCUAAGCGAAUGCAUCAAUUUUAGAGUAGGCUAUCGCUUUCUAUUAUUUUCGAAAAGACGAAACAGAUUUUGACAACGCGUCUUUGUGUUGUUUAUUUGACUACAGGCUAUCGUUAGACGAAACUUCAAAUGAGAUCAUCUUUGUUCCGUUGGGAACAUGGAUCUCGGAAUGCCGUUGAGCACCGGUGGUAACAUUACCGUAACACACCAGUUUGGCCUGAGAGUGAUAGUGAAGGAAGAAGAUAUCAAAGAGGAGGAAUAUGGGCAGAUGAUUGGAUGUCCAGAUGAGGAAGGAAAGCCUUUUGCAGAGCUUCACUGUGAAACUGAAACGGACAUUACAGAAUCCAACGUUACUUGCAACGAAACAUUACAUGAAACAGUUGAGAUUGAAGUGAAGAAGGAGGAUGAGCAAGAGCACGACCUGCUAGAAAGUGUAUCAGAACACCCACACGUAACACAACAGAAGAUCCAUGGACAGAAAGAUGAACUCCACCUGCAACUUGAAGGAAGGCUGCACCACUGCACAGUCUGCAGGAAGAGUUUCACAGCCCUGAGUGAACUUGAGAAACACCAGCAGACACACUCUGUUAGUGUGAAUGAACAGCAGAACACUGACAAAAGGCCUCAUAAAUGUGUACAUUGUGAAAAAGCAUUCAAAACACGAGCCCAUCUUAAACAUCAUAUACGAACACACACUGGAGAGAAGCCUCAUAAAUGUGUCCAGUGUGGAAAAGCAUUUUCACAAAUUGCCAAUCUAAACAACCAUCUGAUGAUACACACUAGUGAGAAGCUACAUAAAUGUGUCCAGUGUGGAAAAGCAUUUAAAACAUCCCCAGAUCUUAAACGACACAUGCUUACACAUACUGGAGAGAAGCGUCAUAAAUGUGCCGAGUGUGGGAAAGCUUUUUCAAUAUUGCAAUAUUUUAAAAGCCAUAUGCUAGUACACACUGGAGAGAAACCUCAUAAAUGUGUCCAGUGUGGGAAAGCUUUUUCACAAAUUUCCAAUCUGAACAACCAUCUGAUGAUACACACUAGUGAGAAGCCUCAUAAAUGUACCCAUUGUGGAAAAGCAUUUAAAACAUCCCCAGAACUUAAACGACACAUGCUUACACAUACUGGAGAAAAACGUCAUGAAUGUGCCCAGUGUGGGAAAGCUUUUACACAAAUCUCUACUUUAAAGUUACAUAUGCUAACACACACUGGAGAGAAGCCUCAUAAAUGUUCCUAUUGCGAACAUGCAUGCACGACAUCCGCUAAUCUUAAACAGCACAUGCUAACGCACACUGGAGAGAAGCCUCAUGAAUGUAUGCAGUGUGGAAAAAGCUUCUCACACAUGUCAUAUCUUAAAAAACAUAUGCGAGUACACACAGGAAAGCAGCCUGUGCAUGUGCACACGCUUGUACCAGAUAUAAGUACUGAUUCAACCUCUUAACUCAAGUAAAAAUAAAUAAAGAGAAAACAUUUCCUGGCCUUUUUGAAGGACUAUGUAACCUGCUGUCUCUGUUACGACUCCCACACAUCUGCAUGCAUCCCGUUCACUUUUCAUGGGCUUACGUCAGCCGUUGCCGAACUGAAUUGUGGGUCCGUCACGUCGCUUGAAAAGUUCAACUUUUGCUGCAACGACGGACAACAACAGAAGGCACCAACCAAUCAAAUUUGGGGAAAUAGAUAGAUAUUUUAUUGAUCCCCAAGGGGAAAUUCAAGGUAAAUGGGGAAAGGCUUCAGUAUUUACUCAGUACUGUUUGAGUGGACUGACAAUGGGGAAAGGCUUCAUUACUCUUGGCAUUUUAUGUACCUUGUAUCCAUGACCAGCUUGUGUCUGUGUCUUUCCUAUAUGCUUGUUCUCUCAUUGUCCUUGCCUGAAUGUACUGUCAGUGAGGUCUAACAUGUAUGCUAAAUGUACUUCUUAUGCCUAUACCUUAUUGUACAGUGUCCUUGGGUAUCUUGAA